GCUGUAGCCGUUCUUUGCGGUGACAACCCGAGUAUCACUGUAAGCGGUACUAUCAUUUUCACUCAAAAAAACGAAUAUGCACCGACUCAUGUAGAUAUUAAUAUAAAAGGAUUAACGCCAGGACUACAUGGGUUUCAUAUUCAUGAGUUUGGCGACAACACAAAUGGAUGUACCUCUGCUGGUGGUCAUUUCAACCCCUUUAACAAAACACACGGUGCUCCCGAGGAUGAAAAUCGGCAUGUAGGCGACUUGGGCAAUGUUAAAGCUUCGCGAGAUGGAAACGUGAAAACUAAAAUCAUCGAUAAAUUACUCACGUUGGUUGGCCCCAAUUCGAUAAUCGGUCGAACCGUGAUCGUUCAUGCCGAUGUUGACGAUCUCGGUAAAGGUGGUCAUGAACUUUCAUCCACAACUGGCAAUGCUGGUGCUCGUCUUGCUUGUGGUAUCAUUGGUAUGUCACAAUCAAAAUUGUGA